CUGGAUUGGAGUAACUGGGCCCCAGGUCAGACUCUCUCUUGAAUUCCAAAAGAGGCAUUGGGGGCCUUUGAGAAAGGAACAGCUAGAGCAGGUGGGGAAAUGAGAACAUAAGUGUGCUGGAGGUACAAGGAAAGGUGUUGGGUUUAUCUGGAUGGAUGAGAGGAGGAAGGCCAAUGGAGAAGGGAAAAUAGGGGUCAACCUCCUUCCUAAAUCUACCUCCUCCCAACCCCCCUCACUCCUACCCACAACUUCAACCACACUCCCAGCAGAGACCCAAAGGCCAAAGUCUGUUCUAUCGUAGAAAAUUGAUUUUACUGCAGAGAAGGGGUGGAGUAGGGGUGGGAGGAGAGAGGGGUGGAGUUCCCUGAUAUUUAUGACUUAUUUACCACCCACCCCCAAAGGAAGGUGGGUGCUAAAGAGACUAGGCAUCGUGAAAACAACCAGAAAGUUGGGGUGAAAGCCCAGCAAAUUGCUUUUCUACAGAGAAGACCUAGCUGCUAGGGCUAAGGGGGCCUGAGGGCCUGUCCUCAGGCACAGCACUGAGGAGACACCAAACAAAUGGAAAAAGUUCGGGGUUUCUUCCUGAAAGCGCAUCAAGAGCUGUCCUCCCACCAUUCCUAUACCAUCUACAAACAAGUAGGAGAGAACCAGGGAAAACCAUUGGAGGAAUAUGAGAAGCAAGAGGAACAAGGAGAAGAAGAUCCAGCUGCUCUCAUCAUGGACAUGGAGCUAAGGACCAUAAACCAACAGGGGCAAAAGCAGGGGGGACCUGGGAGGCAGAAUCUGACCCCCAAAUUAAUUAUCCACCUUAUACUCAUCAAUCUCUUAGUCUUCACUCUGGCCUUCCUCCUGGGCUACAUUGCCUUUCGGGGUUCAUGCCAGUCUUGUAAGGAUUAUGUGUCAGAAGUGAGUGAUGAUUUAGGCUAUGAGCUGAAUCCAGAAGCCACUGGCUCUACCCUGUACUGGGCUGACCUUCGGGAGAUGUUCCACAAAUACUUGGAUGAGGAGCAACUGAAAAGUUCCAUCAGGACCAUCAGCCUUCUAGAGAGAUCCUCAGGCUCUCCUGGAAUGACUACUCUGUCUCACCAGAUCCGAGAUAUGUUCUCCCAGCAGAAGCUAGACCAUGUGUGGAUGGAUACCCAUUAUGUGGGGCUGCAGUUCCCUGACCCGGUCCGGCCAAACACACUGCAUUGGGUCGAUGGAUCUGGCAAUGUUUUGGGAGAGUUACAAUUGGAGGAUCCUGAUGUCUAUUGUCCCUACAGUGCCAAAGGCAGUGCUGUUGGAAGACUCAUCUAUGCCAACUAUGGGCGACUGAAGGAUAUGGAAGAGCUCCAAAAGAAGAAUUUGGACCCCAAGGGACACCUGCUACUGGUGCGAAUAGGACAUGUGAGCUUUGCUGAGAAGGUGUCAAAUGCUGAGGCCUUUGGGGCUCUGGGCGUUCUCAUCUACCCAGACCCUGCUGACAUCCACCCAGAACCCCACAAGAAGCUGAGGCUCUCUAACCACACAGCUGUAUAUGGACAUGUUCACUUGGGAACAGGGGAUCCCUAUACUCCUGGCUUCCCCUCCUUUAAUCAAACCCAGUUCCCACCUGUGGAAUCCUCUGGUCUCCCUAAUAUCCCAGUACAGCCCAUCAGUGCCAACAUCACUGCCCAACUUCUGAGGAAGCUGUCAGGGCCCAACGCCCCCCAUGAAUGGAAAGGGACUCUCUCUGACACUCCAUACCGACUGGGACCUGGGCCAACUUUGCGCCUUGUUGUCAAUAACCAUCAAAUUUCAACUCCCAUUAUCAGCAUCUUCGGCUGCAUUGAAGGUCACUCUGAACCUGAUCAUUACAUUGUCAUUGGGGCUCAGAGAGAUGCCUGGGGUCCAGGGGCAGCCAAAUCUGCUGUGGGCACAGCCAUCCUGCUGCAGCUGGUGCGCACCUUCUCUGCCAUGGUGAGGAAUGGUUUUCAGCCUCGACGAAGUCUGCUUUUUGUCAGCUGGGAUGCUGGUGACUUUGGAAAUGUGGGAGCCACUGAAUGGCUAGAGGGUUACCUCACCAUGUUGCACCUCAAAGCUGCUGUCUAUGUGAGCCUGGACAAUGCUGUGCUUGGAGAUGACCAGUUCCAUGCAAAAACCAGUCCUCUUCUCACCAGCCUCAUUGAGAGCAUCCUAAAGCAGGUGGAUUCUCCCAACCACAGUGGUCAAACCCUUUAUGAUCAGGUGGUGAUUCCAGGCCAGAGCUGGGAGACUGAGGUGAUCCGGCCUCUUCCCAUGGAGAGCAGUGCUUACUCCUUCACUGCCUUUGGAGGAGUCCCUGCUGUUGAGUUCUCAUUCACUGAGGAAGGCCCAUGCUACCCCUUCCUGAACACCAAAGAGGACACAUAUGACAAUCUACAUGGAGCAUUACAAGGGCGGCUGCCAGCUGUGGCCCGAGCUGUGGCCAUGGUAGCAGGCCAACUACUCAUCCGGCUCAGCCAUGAUCACCUGCUACCCUUAGACUUUAGUUGCUAUGGUGAUGUCAUUCUGAAGCACAUUGCCAGACUCAAUGAGUUUUCUGGGGAUCUCAAGGCCCGGGGCCUAACCCUGCAGCGGAUCUACUCAGCACGAGGAGACUACAUCCGGUCAGCUGAGAAGCUGCAGAAGGAGAUCUACAGCUCAGAGGACAGCAAUGAGAGAUUGAUGCGAAUGUACAAUGUCCGAAUCAUGAGAGUAGAAUUCUACUUCCUAUCCCAGUAUGUGUCACCUGCAAUCUACCCAUUCCGCCACAUCUUCCUGGGUCAAGGGGACCACACUCUGGGGGCCUUGCUCGAACACCUGCAGCUGCUGAGGGGCAAGGGGGCUGUGAAUGGCUCCCUAAGAUAUUCAAGACCUCGUUUGGAAGAGGGUCACUUACGCCGCCAGCUGGCUCUGCUCACCUGGACCCUGCAGGGAGCAGCUAAUGCCCUCAGUGGAGAUGUCUGGAAUACUGACAACAACUUCUGAAAGUGGAGGAAUCACAGCACCCCAUUUUGUAGAUCUUUCUUUUUCAGGACCACCCAUUCUCUAAACUUUUUCCUCUGGAUCCUUCACAGUGUCUCCCCUUACACAUCCUUUUUCCAUUAAAUUUCAGGGUGUUAGAGCUCCCCCUUCUUUUCUCACAGCUGCUGGCCCUCCUUCCUUUUCAAUGGAUUCCCCUGUUUAUAAUGUAAGAGAAAACAGUUAUAUUCCUCUUAAUGUGAUGAUCAUACUGUCAGAGAGCAGUAUCUGCUCAAUCAUUAUUAUACCCACUUUCCCUUCCCCAAGUCCUUGGCUUCUCCCCACAAAAAAAAUAGGGGAAGGGAUUCAAUGUCCAUAACCUGAAACCCUGUUUUUGUGCGCUGGACCCUGUCUUGAGGUCUGCCAACACUUUUCUGAUUGGGGGAAUCUGGAGAUAGUCCUGCUUUUCCAGAGAAAUUGCUUUCCUGGCUUGCUCAGAGUUCUCCCAACCAGCCCUCCCUUCCCCUCCCCUCUCUGCACUCCUUGUCCUAGGAGGCAUUUCCACAUAAGGACCCACUCAGUGACUGAGGAGUCCAAAAAAAAAUCUAUUAAAAAUCAAAACACUCCGUGACUUGAUGAGAAGCCUGGAAUAGGGGAAGGAGCAGGGCAACCAAGGAAGUGUCUUUCCUUUCUUCUUCCAGUGACCACUGGGAUUAAAUAUGUGUAUGUUUAAUACAUAUGUAUACCUAGGUAACAAAGCAGGCCAUGAAUAGCCCUCAAACAAAAGGCUAUUCUUGCCAAUUCAAUUUCAAUAAAAGUUUGUUGAACCUUGUACCUGAGGAUAACAAAAAAGA